AUGCGAAAGCUCAACAAAUUACAUUAUGCAGGCUUGGUGUAUUGUGUCAUCAAAGAUAAUUGUGUCUCUCCGAAAUCUUUAGAUAGAAAGUGUCUGAAAGAAGUCUAUGAAUGUUGUCGAUUAAACAGGUCAACGUCUAAUUCAGAACUUGAAGAUGCACUGCAGGUAUUGGUGGGAUCUUAUCUGAUGCAGAACACAGAUGGUAAAUAUUCUCUCAUUCAUGACAGCUUGUUCGAAAUAGUGGCAGUUCACUUUGGAAGAUGUUUUCAAGACUUUUUUAUUGAACAUUGUACCUCUACCUCUAUUUACAACCUUUUAACAUUCGUUGAUGAGGGGUCAACAUGUUGUGAAAAUCUUAUUCCUGUCUUUGGCAAUCACUUUUCCGUGUUGGUAGACCGCAUCAUUUGUGACAUAAAACGAUUCAAUCUGUAUGAAGUGUUCAGCAGAAUUGGGCAAUUUUCACAAAACGAAGCAUUUGUUUCGGUAUUUUACAAAACUUUGAAAAAAUCCAGUUAUGAUGAGUUUAAACAAUUGUUUUUUGAGGUGGAGACUAAUGAACAUUUAAAUAAGAAAACGAAGAAACUUUUUCAUGAAUUGGACCAAAUAUGUGACAACAUUUUCGAAGCAAAAAAAUUUUCUGCAAUAGAUUUCAGUCUUUCGCUUUUGAACAAACCUCGUGUACGUGUUGUAGACUGGAUUAUUGCAUAUAACCACGUUGGUUUACUGUCUGGUCUCAUAAAAAUUGUCAGGGAAAAAAGUCAGCCCGUCGAAGAAAAGGCUUGUUUCACUGAUGAAAACAGUCAGGACAUUCUGGGAGUGAUAUUUGGUAAUGAUCUAGAAUCACAUUCCUUUUGUUUACGUCUCGCGUGUUCUAGCCGCAGUUUGGAUAUGGUCAAAUUUAUAUUGAGUUGCGUUAAACAUGAGAGUAUUAAUUACCUUGAUAAUCAGAAUCAGUGGCCGUUAAUGACAGCUUCUGGUGCUGGUUGUACGGACAUUGUCAAGAUUCUGCUUAAAGAAGGAGCAAACGUUAAUUUGUGUGAUAAGGACAACUUUUCGUGCCUGAAUUGUUCAUGUUUGCUUGGUCAAUACGACGUAGCUGAGACCUUAAUCAAAGAAGGCGCUGACAUUAAUUUGUGUACGGUAGAUGGGAUGUCUCCAUUUAAGGCAGCAAUGAUGUCAGGAAAUGUGCAUCUUGUGAGGUAUCUUAUGAAAAACGGCGCAGUCUGGAACGAAGAUAACCUGUCCCCGUUGCAUUUUUCAUCCUAUCUAGGCAACCUAGAAAUUCUAAAACAUUUCAUUAACAGUGAUCCUGAAUUGAAAAUUGAUGUCAGGUGUCUAUCUGCCGCCUGUGAAAAUGGUCAGAGUACUAUUGUUAAGUAUCUAAUCGAUAAGGUAGAUGUCAAUGAAGUUUGUGACGAAUGUGAUCCUGCACUUCAUAGUGCUGCUACCUCAGGUCAUCUCGCUAUUGUAGAAUAUCUAGUUGAACAUGGAGCUGAUGUUAAUUUGCUCAGUUCUUCUAAAGAGAAUCCGCUUUACUUUGCCGCAAUGAAAGGACACUUACACAUUAUUAGGUACCUUUUAGAUCAUGGUGCUGAUAUUUGUGGUAGUAUUGACACAUCGUCUUUAUGUGUUGCUUCAGGCGAAGGUUACCUUGAAGUUGUGGAAGAACUAAUCAAACGUGGUGCUGAUGUUAAUCUAUGUGACCGCAACGAACAGUCUCCACUAUGUUACGCAUCUAAAUCUGGACAUCUGAAGACCGUAAAGUUUCUGCUACAAAAUGAUGCCGAUAUCAACGUUGGUGCUAGUUGUUUAUCUUCCGCUUGUAAAGGUGGUCAUUUAGAUGUGGUAGAAUUUCUUAUUAAUAAGGUUAAUGUUAACCAGGUUAGUGACAUUUGUGAUCCUCCCAUCCAUUGUGCCUCUGGUCAAGGUCAUAUUGAAGUAAUUAAAUUUCUAGUUGAUCAUGAAGCAAAUGUUAAUUUACUAAAUUCUUCAAGGGAUAGUCCACUUUGUUGUGCUGUGGAGAAUAGACAGCUUUCAGUUGUUGAAUAUCUUGUAGAACAUGGCGCGAACGUAAACCAGGCUAUUGAUAUUGCAAUAGAAGUUGGGCAAGAACACAUCCUAGAUUUUAUGCUGAAACAUUUGAACUAG